AUGACCUCAGAGGCAACGUCGCCGAAGAGGCGACACAUAUUAUCCUCAAUAAACCCAGAUCGUCGUUCAGCUUCACCCAAGAUAGAAAAUGACAAUACACCUCCCGCUGAGACCCCACCUCCAGAGCCGCAGCCAAAUUUAGAGCAGGAAGACCCAGAAGCUACGGAGCUAAAGGAUAAGAAGACAAGCAGAUUCCGCUUUAAAUCUAAGCGCUCGCGACACCAUCGGCAUUCCUCCCGAGACCGCGACCGCGAUGAUGACUACGAACAUGAAGAUGAAGCCGAACCACACCGUCAUCACCACAGACACAGGCAUCGUCACCACCACCACCAUAAGCAUAAGCGGCGACGCACACGCUCACCCACACCUCCCAACCCCUUCGAACCACCCCCUCUCGGCUCCGAAGCCGCGUUCCGAGAAUCUCUCUUCGACGCAAUGGCAGACGACGAAGGCGCAGCGUAUUGGGAAGGCGUAUACGGACAGCCGAUUCAUAUCUAUCCCCAGGCGCGGUCCGGGCCAGACGGGGAACUAGAGCGCAUGGACGACGACGAGUACGCGACGUACGUGCGGCAGAAGAUGUGGGAGAAGACGCACCAGGGUCUGCUAGAGGAACGGGCGCGCCGCGAGGAGCGCCGGAAACAACAAGAUCGAGAGGAGGAUGAGGCCAGGAGGCUCACGCGCGAGAUGGAGCGGAGCUUGCGCAGGGGCGAGGAGAGGCGCAGGAGAAAGGGUUGGAAAGAGCGCUGGGAGGAGUAUGCACAGGCUUGGAAGGAGUGGGAUGGGACGCCGGAGCAUAUGGCAUGGCCGGUGCGGAGUGGACGGCGUGAGGAUGUGGGUGCGGAUGCUGUAAGAGACUUUUUCGUCAUGGGUAUUGACCCUAAGGACGUUGGAGAAACGGAGUUCCUAGCGAAGCUGAAAGAAGAACGUGUUCGGUGGCAUCCGGACAAGAUACAGCAGCGACUUGGCGGGCAGGUCGAUAGCGCCGUCAUGCGCGAUGUUACGGCGGUCUUCCAGAUCGUGGAUAAGCUGUGGUCAGAUACUCGGUCUAAGGUGCAAUGA